UGGGAACUGAGGGCCCCAAGUGCUCCAAGUUUGGGCAAUAGGGGCUACCCAAGAGGGCCCAGUAGGGCCCCAGGGCUUCACUGAGAAGGCGGGGAACAGCGACCCUAGUCAGUGUGGCCUGAGGCUGAAGCCCCAUCUGGUGUAUAUCCCUGUUCAUAAUGAGAGUAGUCCUGUUCCAAUCAGCCAAGAUGAACUUCAUGGACAUCACCAAGAUAUUCUCCCUCCUGCAGCCCGACAAGGAGGAUGAGGACACCGAUACAGGGGAGAAGCAGGCUCUCAAUCAAGCAGUGUAUGAUAACGACUCCGAUACCUUGGACCAGCUUUUGCACCAGGAGCGUUACAAACGUUUCAUCAACAGCAGGAGUGGCUGGGGUGUCCCUGGGACACCUUUGCGCUUGGCUGCUUCUUAUGGCCACUUGAGCUGUUUGCAAGUCCUCCUGGCACAUGGUGCUGAUGUUGACAGCUUGGAUGUCAAGGCACAAACACCACUUUUUACUGCUGUCAGUCAUGGCCAUCUAGACUGUGUGCGUGUGCUUUUGCAAGCUGGUGCCUGUCCUAGUGGUAGUAUCUACAACAAUUGUUCUCCUGUGCUCACAGCCGCCCGAGAUGGUGCCAUUGCUAUCCUGCAGGAGCUCCUAGGCCAUGGAGCAGAGGCCAACGUCAAGGCUAAACUACCAGUCUGGGCAUCGAACAUAGCUUCAUGUUCUGGCCCCCUCUAUUUAGCUGCAGUCUAUGGGCAUCUUGACUGUUUCCGCCUGCUUUUGCUCCAUGGGGCAGACCCUGACUACAACUGCACUGACCAGGGCCUAUUAGCACGCAUUCCACAGCCACGUACCCUCCUUGAAAUCUGCCUAUACCAUAAUUGUGAGCCAGAGUACAUCCAGCUGCUGAUAGACUUUGGUGCUAAUAUCUACCUUCCAUCUCUCUCCUUGGACCUGACCUCCCAAGAUGAUAAAGGCAUUGCAUUGCUGCUACAGGCUCGAGCCACUCCACAGUCACUCCUAUCACAGGCUCGUUUAGUCAUCCACAGAGCCCUGCGUCAAGCUGGUCAGCUACAAGCCAUUGACCAGCUGGAUAUUCCGCCUGUGUUGAUUAGCUAUCUCAAACACCAACUGUAAUCUUACAGUCUGCCCAGGAAUCCAUGAUGCCUCCAAAAAACACCUGCAGAUCCAAGUAGCUGGAAGGCACUACAGCUCCAUCCACUCACCUGGAGCUGCUCUCCUGUAUUAUCCUCCACAAUAAAAUCUUCACCAAAAUAAGU